CUGUAGUAAGCGCCAGCCCUUUGGGCGUUUUCCAGGGGCUGACUCGGCUGAGCAUACGUGGAUGUACUACGCUGCCGUUUUUACAGAUUCAGAGGCGAGGCUCCCCAGCAAACGAGGCUGCAAAAAGAUGUUGACAUCGUUUUUGAGAAUAUUUCUUCUUCUUGAUGUCUAAAGUUGUUUCCUUCCUCCAUAUUGACUAUGGAUCCCCUAAGUGUUACGGCCUCAGUGGUGGGCCUUUUGUCUGGAGCUGCGAAAAUAGUAGGCGUUUUAUACAAGGUGAAAACCAGCCUCGUUGAUGCCCCCAAGUCGCUGGGUAAUCUUCUAUCACAAGUCAACGACCUUGAGAGAUGUCUUGCGGCAGUCAAUCAAUUACUGACGGGGAUGUAUUUGGCACCUGCAAAGCGAAGCUCAAUGAUACAAGUGGAUCAACUUGUUGCUACGUUAACGGAAGCGGUUUUGACAUUCUCGGAGCUGGAGUCCUUGAUUAUGCCGCUUGGCGAUCCGUCAGAAAUCUCAAUUCGUCAACGAAUGGAGAUGGCAUGGAAAGAAGAGAAUAUCUCGAGCAUUAUGAUUAGACUUGACCGACAUAAAUUCUCGUUCUCACUAAUGUUGAAUAUAAUACAGUGGUAUGUAUACUGAGCUUACUUUUACUCAAACUUCUUUCUCAUCAACGCUGACCUUCGUAGCGCAACGGAUAUGGAGGCAGAAAGGUCUCGCGAGCAACUUCACGAUGUUAUCCGGACUCUGCUACAAAGCAAUUACGACAUAUUGGAUCGUUUACACCAACUCGAGGUUACAUAUGACUCAGAAAGUGUUUUGACAACAUGCUUCCGAAAUAACAGAGGCAUUGAAGACGACAGCAGUACAGCAGACACAAUCAGGGAGGACAUCGGUGUAGAUCGGCUGCAGUCUGAAGAGUCGUUUGGCGUUUUUCAACCAGAAGAUUUCCACUUUUCAUUUGAGUCAGAUUUGGAUAGGUCCAGGGUUUACAAACGCACCCAGCCCUAUACUUCGGAUGCUUCUUUCUCCUCUUCUGCAGUUAGGACACAUGCGUGGUCAAUAUUCUCGGGAUUGAGUCUGUCUCAAGUUUCGAGUAUGUCAGCAAUAGCUUUGCCUGUGCAUGCUGACGAGAUCUACAAUUACAAGCAUUAUCGAAUAGAGGUAGCUCAAACUCCACUAACGAGAUCGAUUCCCACCGGAGGGUUUCUGGAAUCAGCACUGCAUGUUAUGAAUGUUGAAGCGGUAUCCUUUCCUGCUAGCGGUGCUCUCUUUAAUGACGAACAAGGGACAGGACAACCCGAUUUGUAUUUACAGCAACCAGGAAUUGCUAUCGAAGACAUUGAAGCCUCGCGGCCUGUGCCACCUGACAGAAGUAUGGAGAUUUUUGAAAACUUUGUAGAAGAAGGUCAAGAUAUAAUCGACAUAUCAAAUGAAGGCAACGAGACCCAACCAGCAUUUUCCGCGCUGAGUUCUUUCGAUUUCGGCUUUCCUAUUGCACCAGCUUUUGAGAUAGAUCCCCAAUCUAGAACAAACGAAGUCAGGCCCUGCCAAAUUUUGGGAAAUGAGUCUGAAUGGAACAAACCUCUGAGCCUGUACCGUGAAUCGUCUACACCACGACCUACGACCAAAAAUACCUUCUCAGGAUCUAGGAGGCCGUUUGAUAAGUUGGGCACUUCCAUUCUAGACCCGCGAAUUCGACUAGAAGUUGAAGACAGAUGCUUGGAACGUCAACCUGAUGAGAAAGCCUUAACCUACUUUACCAACUCUCCCGCCAAACCUGAAAGUCUUUAUCAUUUGAAUAAAGAUACAAGUGGUGGAUUAAUAGCGAUUCGUAGCAGUGAACUGACUCAAAUAACUCAUAUUCCAAAACGCCCACCCCCACUCAUUGCAUCGUCUGAGUCAGUCCUGUCUGAAAGCCAACAACCACUAUUCAAGAUCUCUAUACUAGGACAUCAUUAUGUUGGGAAGACGACAAUUGCAAUUCAGGUAACUUCAUUCUCAUUCUCCUUCGUGCUUACGGAGCUAACGGCGUUUACAGUUUUGUCACAGCCUUUUUGUCGAUUUCUACAUACCAAAAGCCGAUAACAUCUAUCAAAGAACUAUAAAUAUUGAUGGUCUUUCGGCAAACCUGCAAGUUCUAGAUUCUCCCCCCGUAGAAUCGAGUGGCCAAGAAAUCCAGGAUGGAGAAGGGUUUAUGCUAUUAUAUUCCAUCACAGACAGAGAAUCUUUUAAGUAUGUUCGGUACCUAUACGACCAGAUCCUCCGAAUGAAAGGACGGAAUCGCUAUUUCACCAAAGAAAACGAGCCAUUGAACGACAAACCUGAUCACUUACCUCGAGUUGUAUUGGUUGCCAACAAAUCCGAUAAAGAGACGCUGAGGCAGGUUUCAAGCCAAGAAGGUAGAUCACUCGCAGACAAACUGAAUUGUAAAUUCUGUGAGACAUCUGCUAGUGAGAAUUGGAAAGUGGAAGAAGCAUUUUACGAGAUUCUGCCACCUUCGCAUGCGGAUAAGAUGAGGAUAAACAGGAAGUCGGAGGUUAAGACGUUCAUUGAAGAUCCUCACAUGAAUUCUGGUAGAAGGAAAGCUAAACGGAGGGUUCAAAUUCGAUGGCCAACAAGGUCGACCCAACGGAAAGCUGGGUUCAAAGUUAUCGGUAGAAUUGAUGCCUAA